UUUCUGCCUCACCGCUGCCUCUGCCUCCUUCCAAAUGCUUCGCCCCCCGAGCUCUCCUCGGCGUGCGCGGCGCAGCGCCAUCCACCCCGACAACUCCUCCCAACCCCCAACCUAUCCAAACACAUUUUCUUGCCCGCCCCUGCAGCUCCCUCCACCGCGCCACCCAUCCAUCGCCAGCCAUGCACACCCUCGCUCUGACGACCCUGUCACGUUGAGCUACGCUCGGAGGAGGACGCCACGACGGCGACCGGGAAGAAGAUGAACCCGCUCCCUCCCCCGGCCAGCCGGCUGUGGGAGGCGAGCAUCCGCAAGCUCAAGUACUCCACCAUCCUCCGCGGCUCCGUCGUCCCCUCCGGCGCCGCCUUCGAUGGUGCGGCGGCGGCGGCCACCGGAGGUGACCCCGUCACGCUCACCCCAAGCCUCUCCGUCAGCUCCUCCACCUCCAACACCAUCUACCAGUACGAAGACGGCGACGACGACAUCGACUCCGUCCUCGACGACGUCGACACCGACGACGACGACGUCGACGAGGCGUCCCUCGGCGAGCCCAGCCACUCCGACCAGCUGCUGCCCAGCGGAGACUUCUACCAGGGCGACCUGCGCGGCGACCUCCCCCACGGCGCCGGCAAGUAUCUCUGGACGGACGGCAGCAUGUACGAGGGGUCGUGGCGCGGCGGCCGCGCGGCCGGGCGCGGCAAGUUCUCGUGGUCGUCGGGCGCCAUCUACGAGGGCGACCUCGCCGGCGGGUACAUGCACGGCCAAGGAACCUACAUCGGCGAGCUCGGGGACACGUUCGCCGGGCUGUGGGCGAACAACCUCCGGCACGGCCGCGGCACGCAGGCGUACGUCAACGGCGACGUGUACGACGGCCACUGGCGCGACGGGCUGCAGGAUGGGCACGGCCGGUACAUCUGGCGCGGCGGCCACGAGUACAUCGGGACGUGGAAGGCCGGCGAGAUGCACGGCCGCGGGACGGUGAUAUGGGCGGACGGCGACCGGUACGACGGCGCGUGGGAGGACGCCAAGCCCAAGGGGCAGGGCACGUUCCGGUGGUCCGACGGCGGGAUGUACAUCGGCCUGUGGUGCCAGGAGUCCGGCGAGACGCAGGGCAAGGGCGUGUACUACCCGCCGUCCGGUGGCCCGGCGGUGCCGUUGCCCCGGGAACCCAAGGAGGUGAUCACGAAGCUGCUCGAGGAGCUGGAGAUGUCCGAGGGGAAGACGGUGUCGCUGCUGCCGUCGCAGAAGGUGCUGACAUGGCCCGGGGUGGAGCCCGUGACGAAGAAGCCGGUGUGGCGGCCGCCGGAGGUCGCCGCUGACCAAGGGAUGUGGCGGCCGCCGGAGGUCGGAGCUGACCAAGGGAGGAGGUCGAGCAGGAGGAACAGCAUGUCGUCCGACAUUGACAGCCUGGUUGAGGGGGAGGACGGCGGCGAGGAGACUCGCAACGACAGGUCAUGGGUGCGGACACCGUCGUGUAUGCGCGCGCCCACGCUGCCGAAGCCGGGGAAGAAGCAGGGGGAGACCAUCUCCAAGGGCCACAAGAACUACGAACUGAUGCUCAACUUGCAGCUGGGUAUCAGACAUGCUGUAGGAAGGCAGUCAGCUCCUGCUUCAUUGGAUCUUAAAUCAUCAGCAUUUGAUCCGAAAGAGAAGGUGUGGACAAGAUUUCCUCCUGAAGGAUCAAAGCAUACUCCUCCUCACCAGUCAUGUGAUUUCCGGUGGAAGGACUACUGUCCAUUGGUUUUCAGGACUUUGCGCAAGCUCUUUGAUGUUGACCCAGGAGACUACAUGCUCUCCAUUUGCGGGGAUGAUGCACUGCUGGAGCUUUCAUCUCCCGGUAAAAGUGGAAGUUUCUUUUAUUUCACCAAUGAUGACAAGUACAUGAUCAAAACAAUGAAGAAAGCAGAAGUUAAAGUACUUCUGAGGAUGCUUCCAGCCUAUUAUAAACAUGUUCGAUCUUUUGAUAAUACUCUAGUAACAAAAUUUUUUGGCCUGCAUUGUGUUAAAAUUACAGGAGCUAUUCAGAAAAAGGUUCGGUUUGUUAUAAUGGGGAAUCUUUUCUGCUCCAACUAUUCAAUCCACAGACGCUUUGAUUUGAAAGGAUCAUCACAUGGUCGCACAACGGACAAACCCCUCGAUCAAAUUGAUGAGACUACCACUUUGAAGGACCUUGAUCUAAAUUUCAUUUUCCGGUUAGAGGGAUCAUGGUAUGAAGAUUUCUGCAGGCAAGUGGACAAAGAUUGUGAGUUUCUGGAGCAAGAGAGAAUUAUGGAUUACAGUCUUCUGGUUGGCGUUCACUUCAAAGACCGAUGCAAAGACAGCAGCAGUCCUGACAACGAGACAACUCAAACUGCUCUUGAAGAUGAGGAAAAAAGAAAAGCACCAGUCAAGCUAGGGAUUGGCAUGCCCUCAAGGGUGGAGAAUGUUGUGAAGAAUCCUGAAAGCGAAUCCCAGCUCAUUGGCGAACCAACAGGGGAAUUCCAGGACGUUAUCCUGUUCUUUGGAAUCAUUGAUAUCCUACAAGACUAUGAUAUCAGCAAGAAGCUUGAGCAUGCCUACAAAUCCAUGCAAUAUGAUCCCAACUCCAUAUCGGCUGUUGAUCCAAAGCAAUACUGCAAAAGGUUCAGGGACUUCAUUUACAGGGCUUUUAGUGAAGACGUACAGUAAAUACGUCAUUAACAAAAGGGAACACUCUUAACUCUUAACUCAAGAAAGCAUAACGACCAGCCGAUGGAUGUUUUUUUUGGCCAUUCCAGGACUAUUUUGUAGGUAAGAUCAUUCAUUCAUUAUGUUGUAGAUGGCAAUACGUAAUUAGUCUGACGGUUUCUGCCCCUGGUGGGUGUAUAGAUUUUGUACAUUUCCCAAAUCUUUUCAUGUGUAAUUACUAAUUAGAAGUAGUGUACUUGUACUCAUGUCAAUUGACAUGAAAAGGAUGUAGGACAGAAAUUGUUGACCAUGUAACAGUUCUUUCAUUUUUGUUUUACUUAUUUCCUCUUGUAGCAAAAUAGUUGUUAUAUGAGCAAUACUUAAUCAAUUUAACCGUCCAGUAGUCGGUAAUGUUUUUU